GCCGACAGAUUUCCUUUGGUUUAUAAUAAUCAUAUAAGAUGACAAAUUCCCAUGCCCUCAAUAAUUCUUAUUGGGCACAACCAAACGACAUCAAAUCUAUUACGUCCAUACCGAAUAUAUUAACUCUUAACCGAAAUAGGACAACAAGGUAAGUGAUAGGUCUUUUCGAGCAUACGUUGUUAGUUGUUAUGAGUGGAGAGGAUACACGUAAGCAGUAAGGCAUAAUGUACUAAACGCAUAAUACACAAAUAAAACGGUUGACAGCUCCAACAGUUCCACUGGUUAGUCGAAAGAGGGCACUAGCGUAUGAUUGUGGGUGUGUGUGUGUUUCUGUGUGUGUGUGUGUGGGGGGGAGAGAGAGAGAGAGAGAGAGAGCGAGAGCGAGAGUAGGAGGGCUUUCUACCGUCUGACGGGGUCUUUUCACUAUCAUUCAGCCCUUUCCACCAAUAAGCCCAAUGAGCUCACCAAAAUAGGCGGAUAUGCAGGUACGCCUCAUCGACUCGCACCGCCCCACUGUCAGUGUGUGUAUUUUUUUCUGCCCGUCUCUUUUUUGUAACCAAAUCUGGAUGUGUAGAACGUCACAUGUUGUUUCUCUCUUCACUCCGGUCACUUAGCGAUAUGGGUUAUUUACUGUUAAACUGCUGCAGACGCCGAACGCACAACCGGCGCCUGGAGUGAAAGACCCUCGGAGAGCUCUAUGUACAUUAUAUCUCUCCAACCUUCGAUAAACGAGGAUAUAACAACAGGUUAAGAAAAGUGAGUUGUUUUUUAAACGACGAUAGAAUGGCAAGUCCGCCAAAUUCUGGAGGAGGACACUUGUUAUCCAACGCGAACAUUAAUCACAACAAGAUUAAGAAAUGUGGAUACCUCAAGAAGCAGAAGCACGGACACAAGCGCUUUUUCGUUUUGAAGGAGCCGACCGAGGGCUUCCCCGCCCGGCUGGAGUACUACGAGAGUGAGAAGAAAUGGAAAAACAAGUCGGCUGCAAAGAGGGUUAUUCCUCUGGAUUGCUGUCUCAAUAUCAAUAAGAGAGCAGACGCCAAACACAAACACCUUAUUGCCCUCUAUACCAAGGACGAGUAUUUUGCCGUCGCGGCAGAGAAUGAGCAGGAGCAAGAGAAUUGGUUCCGUGUCUUAACGGAUUUAAUGAGCGAGGGGAAAGUGUACUCAGACGGCUCCGCAUCUAAUUCCGCGUCGUCGCUGGUGGGUUUUGAUGAGGCAAACUACGGGAUGAUUACGCCGGUAACGGCUGCAUAUAAAGAGGUUUGGCAAGUAAACCUAAAAUCAAAAGGGCUGGGACAGUGUCGGAAUAUGACCGGGGUGUACAGGCUUUGCUUAUCCAGCCGGACUAUCAGCUUCGUGAAGCUCAAUUCGGAUGUCGCGUCAGUCAUCUUACAGCUGAUGAACAUUAGGAGAUGCGGUCACUCAGAGAGCUUUUUCUUCAUCGAGGUCGGUCGGUCGGCAGCCACGGGACCCGGUGAGCUGUGGAUGCAGGCUGACGACUCAGUGGUGGCGCAAAACAUCCACGAGACUAUACUGGAGGCGAUGAAAGCCAUGAAGGAGCUGUCAGAGUUCCGGCCGCGCAGCAAGAGCCAGUCGUCCGGCACAAACCCCAUCUCCGUGCCCACGCGGAGGCACCACAACAACCUUCCCCCGAGCCAGACCGGGCUCCAGCGGCGCUCUCGAACCGACAGCAUGGCCACGACCUCCCCUGUGAGCAAAUUCACCCACAGCUCCUGCCGGAUACGCACUGCCAGUGAGGGUGACGGCACCAUGGCACGUCCCAUGUCAGUGAACGGGAGUCCCCUUAGCCCCGGCAUUCACCGGACUCUUUUGGGGAGGUCAAACACGGUAACAGCCCGGCCCUGCUGGAUGUUUGAAUCCUCCCUCCACCACAGUAAGUCCAUGUCCAUGCCCCUUUCCCACUCCCCGCCCACAGCCACACCCAGUCCAGUCAGCCUGUCCUCCUGCUCGGAAAGCAGCGUUCCCCGCCCCUCCAGCAGUGCCUCUGUGUCCGGCUCCCCCAGCGAUGGGGGCUUCACCUCCUGCGAGGAGUACGGCUCCAGCCCUGCGGUCCUGCAGCUCACCCUCCGCAGCAACACCCCAGAGUCACUGAGUGCAGACACACCCCCCUCCCGGGAUGGCAGCGGUGACCUGCACGGUUACAUGGUGAUGGAGAGGCAGAGCCAGAGUGCCUACCGACGCCUGCCGGAGCUGGACAAGGGUUUCCGGAAACGCACAUACUCCCUCACCACGCCGCGCAGGUCCAUGGCGCCACCCCAGGUUUCCUCCGCCUCCUUGGACGAGUACACGCUGAUGAGGGCCACCUACACCGGUGGCAGCCAAUUAGGUCAGAGCUCCCACAACGCCUCCCCCCAGACGACCUAUCCGGAGGACUAUGGUGACGUCCGGAUCGGCUCCAGCGGUCCCCUAGGUGACAGCGGCUACAUGCCCAUGACGCCUGGCGUGGCCCCUCCGACGUGGGGGGUCAAAGGUGACGCCUACAUGCCCAUGAGUCCCAUGUGUGUGUCCGCCCCCAAGCAGAUCGUCAACCCCCGCUCUCCGCUCUGUCCGACCGGGCCCGGCCCCAACACAGACUCCCCUGACAACGUGUCCCUGGAGGAAAACGGCUACAUGAAGAUGUUCUGCGGGGCGAAGAUGUCCGUGGACAGCGCCGACGGGAAGCUCAGCAACGGGGAAUACCUCAACAUGUCCCCGGUCGACCCCCUGGUGACCCUCAGCCCGCCGGACUACAUCCUGUCAGAGCCGCACCUUAGACAGCCUUACUCCAUCAGUUCUCUGCCCCGCGUCCUCAAAGCCCUGCCCCAGAGGAACGGUGUGACGGACGCCGGGCAGUACGUGGUGAUGACCCUUCAGAGACAGAGGAUCGAGGAGGAGUCAAACCACUGUCCCGCCCCGGCCGUCUCCGUGACCACGCCGCCUGGACCCGCCCCCUCGCCCCUCAGACCCGGCCGGGCGGCCCAGGAGGGCGGUGCGGUCCACGUCGGGCGCGUGUGUCGGCCUACCCGGCUGGCACUAGACUCUCUGAGGACGCUGCCCUUCACAAGCGAACACCCUCUGCCCGCGGAGCCCAGGAGUCCCGGGGAGUACAUCAACAUCGACUUUGGCCGAGCGACGCGUUACCCGCCCGCCGCCGCAGCCGCCGAGAGGUCCGGCGGGCCGAGCCCCCGCCCACUCUCUGAUUACGUCAACAUCGACGUCAGCCCGCACUGUGCCGAGCGCGGGGAUUCCUCCUCAGCCCCAGAGCUGAAUCCCGUGCUCCCUGCAUGUCUCGGAGAGGAGGAGAGGGGGAGAGGGAAGGAGGAGGACAGAGAGGGGAGGGAGACAGAGGAGGAGAAGAUUGUAGCGGAAUAUCCUCUUCAGAAGAGUUCUGCGUGCCCAGUUGGCGCUGUGAAAGACGACUACACUGAGAUGACCUUCAGUCCUACCAACCCCCCUGCCCCCCUUCCAGCCGCCCUGUGCCCCUCCAGUGCCUCCACAGCCAUGCCCACCGGCCCUUCGGCCUGCAUCCAGAGACUCUCACUGGGGACAGAAAGUGUUGUGGGGGUGCCUCUCGUCCCAGUCGAGUCCUUUUUCGUGGGGGCUCCCUCCCUCUCCGUCCCUCCCGUCGACCCAGACAGGGGGGCCAAGGUGAUCCGGGCCGACCCCCAGGGGCGCAGGCGCCACAGCUCUGAGACCUUCUCGUCCACCACCACGGUCACCCCUGUGUGUCCGUCGUUUGCCCACGAUGCCAACAAGCGGCACAGCUCGGCGUCGGUCGAGAACGUGUCGCGGCCGCUCCGGAGCUCGGAUGGUCCGGACGAGGAGUACGGGAGCGGCAGUAGCCCCAUGUGCCGGCAGACGUCGGCAGGCUACCAGAACGGACUCAACUACAUUGCCUUAAACCUGAUGGAGGGGAGCCUGGCGAGCUGCGCUGGUCUGGGGGGCAGCGAGGGACUGCUGAGGUUCAAGGCAGCCUGUGGGUGCAAAGGAGGAAUGAAUGGUUUCAACGCCAGCCCCUAUACCAACAUGGGCUACAGCGAGACGGCAACAGCAGUGAAAGAUUGAACUAUGAUGGGACCACCCCCUUCCUCUAUCCCAUGUCCUCUUUCUCCAUCUAUCUCUUUCUUUUUCUAUCUCUGUCUCUUUCACCUCUUUCUCCAUCUCUCUUUCUUUGUCUCUCUCCAUCUCUUUCUUUCUCCAUCUCCCUCUCUGUCCGUUUCUCUCCGUCUCCUGGCUGUUAAUGAGGGAUCAGGCUGCAUCCUAGUGACAAGAUCGCCCUGCCAACAGCUGGACCAUGUGCUGCAGUAGACGACCUUUAACCUCCACCAUCUCCUCCCCCCAAGGGUCACUGGGGCCGCUGUCGUCACAGCAACGUGGACACUUGACCCCAUUUCUACCCGGCACCCAAUCAUUGAGGGGCUGUCGCUGUGGCUCUCAGACAACUGAAAACACAUGUCUGCAAAAUGUUUCCUUCGUAAUAUUAUUAUUAUUAUUAUUAUUAUUCCACUGGUUUUUGUUUGGCUUUGACUGAAGGAGCCCAGUUACCCUCACUUUAAAAACCCUGUGAACCAAACCUCUCAAGCCCAUAAUGCACACUGUUCGUACCCAUCACAUAUUUAUUUAUUUAUGUGGUCACUCCGUGUGUGAGUGUGUUAGGAUGUGUACACUGAAUUUGUACGGAAGAGAGGUGGCAUUUUAUGAAUAUAUUCAACAAAGUACUGAGUACGCAGUCGCUUAAAACCCCUACCUCAGAGCAAACCAGAUUAGUACUUAUUUACACACCACAAAUAUAUAUGGAGAUAUAUUUAUUUAUUUUCAGAGGUGAAUGUUUUUCUAAAGACCAAUCCAAAGCCUUACUGCUCUACUGUUAGUUUGGACCUUACGAACAGAACAUCAAAGACUUAAACCCGUCGCCAUGGACACGGAAUGUGUGUUUGAGCAGCUGGAGAGGACAAAACGUCUGACCUCUUCCCCAGCGCCGUCAAAGAUUCCUGAGAUUACUGCAGUUCAUUCACAUUUAGCUGCCAUAUAAUGCGCCAUAGUAAUAUAUUUAUUGUUGAAUACAGAGGGUGAAGAGAAGGAGCUCCACGGCAUUACUCCGCAAAUACUCCGCCAGAGACGAGAAGGUGAAUUGCCCACACUCGCAUCAUUGCCAAGCUGGGACAUUGGCAUGUCCCACCUUGACCAGGGUCUGUUGUCAGUGACUAAACACCUUCAAUGAGAUGAAGCCUAGGGCAAUAUACUUUAACCUUUGACCUAUAACAACAACCCACCUGUGAUCAGGGUUGGGCUCAGUUCCGUUCUCUUCAUGAAAGUAAUCCACAUUCCAAAGGUCCUGAUUAGAAGGGGCAUUGAAGAGCAUUGAAAUUAGAACUGAAAUAGAAUUUCAAUGCACUUUCUGAAUUGACUGGAAUUGAAAUGGAAUUGGCCCCAACCCAACAGACCUGUGACAGAUGUUUUUCUCACCUGUUGCCUCAGCACUGAACUGUGCUUGGCUGCGAUAGGCUGUCUGGCACAGACUUGAGCUGUGAUUGGACUGGUGACCAGGCGCACACAGUCAUGCACACACACACACACACACACACACACACACACACACACUUUUCACUGAUCGUUCAGGGAGCUUUUGACAAGCUUGGAGCCCUGGAUACAGUGAGACUGAGCCGUUGAGGACAGAAGAGCUGAAGCAGCACGGUCUUCUACAUCCGGACUCCCUAGAUUGUAAACACAAGACACUUUGAAUGUAGUCUAGUUCAUGUUCUCCUGCGGAAGGUGACCGCGCGACAAGGACGAGAAAUACCGCGACACAUAAUAACUACUACUACAACACCAAUAACGACAAAGACGUGCAGAAUUUAGACGAAAGAAACUGACAAAAAACGUAACUGAUGAAAAACCAAGCGAGGCCGGAGAGUGUGUGACUUCGAUGGAACUCAUUGUUUGCCUAUGUAGUGUAAAUAAUGUACAAAUACAGAGAAUUACAAGCGAGCGCAAGUUGAGCGUUUGUUUUGGAGAGAUUUUCAUUUAAAGAUUAUAACUUAUGUUCGUUCGUUCUGUACAUACAUGUGUGUUUGGAGUGAAUUCCUGGAAACAAUGAAAGCACUAAUUAUUAAGUUAUACUGUACGCAUAUGCCAAGCGACAAUGUUUGGCCUUGAUAAAAAUAAAUAGUAUUACAGUAUGGUUUGGUGAAAUUAAUGCCACUACAAAAACAUUUUCUAACGCUGUAAUUCCAAGAAAGAUUUUAAGAGAAGCAAAUCGUUAAUAAAUAAAUACUUGACGUACAAUUUUAACCCUUGCUACUUAGGUACAUUUCAAAAUGGCAUAUGCAAUAUUCAAAUUUUUACCGAAUUAGUUUACAGAGGUACCAAAUGUAUAAACUCUAUGUUAAUAAUGUUUGUUAAACCUUAAAAAAAGAUGAUUUUUCUGCUCUUUGUAAAAUAAAAUCUGCCAAUUUCCUGUUUUUUUUGCUAGUUUUGCUAUUGGAGCCUAUUGGUGAUUUGAGCAGUGUUUUUUGCAGUUGGAUAAGGUCCCUGUUGGGUUUUUAUUAAGUAUCUAAAGGCUAUGAUGACAUGAUGACUUAACUUGCUGUGUCUUCCAUUGUAAAUACUUCAUAUCUUAUUGCUUACUGUGAUGCUACUAAGAGAUCAUAAUUUAAACCUAGUGUAGUUCCCAUGGCUGGACUGUAUUGAUUCUUUAUAGACACAUGCAAUAAAGAAUAACAUUAUUUAAGAAAG